AUGUCCACUGCCACCGUCACAGCCGUUCCUCGUCGGUCCAUUUUUCUCGAAGUCGAUGUCGGUACAGGAAGCGCACGCUCUGGUUUAUUCGAUGAGAACGGGAAACUCUUAGGGACGUCUAGUAGUCCAAUUCACAUUUGGAAAGAAUUGGCUGUUGAUGCUUAUGGAGUACCUAUAUCAGUUUCAUGGAGUGGGGAUUCAAGAAGAAAUAUUAUAGUUUGGAUGGAUCAUAGAGCUAUUAAACAAGCUGAAAAGAUUAAUUCUUCUAAUUCACCGAUAUUACAGUACUGUGGUGGUGCCCUUUCUCCUGAAAUGCGGCCUCCAAAGCUUCUAUGGGUGAAAGAAAAUUUGCAAGAGUCAUGGUCCAUGGUGUUUAAAUGGAUGUAUUUGAAUGAUUGGUUGUCAUACAGAGCAACGGGAGAUGAUACUCGUAGUCUAUGCACCAUAGUAUGCAAAUGGACAUAUCUUGGGCAUGCACAUAUGCAGCAAAUGAAUGAAAAAGAUUCUUGA